AUAUCUCUACGGGGAGUUAGUUUCGCUUUUUGUGUGUUGUCUGGUCGUGCGAAUCGUCCGCCGCACUUCGAUACGUGCACGACAUGAGCUUACUACUGUGCGACUUCGGGGAUAUUUUGUGAUCACCGCUUCUUGUCCUGCAGUGCAGUCACGCUCUGUUAUUUUUUCGUGUGCGACAACAAGCCGAAAUCAAGAUGCUGGUCGCAAACAGCUCAGCCACGUGCCUGUUGUGUUCUCGGUUUGCAAGUUUUCGCGAUCGUCUGUGCUGUAGUCGCCUUAUUUCCAGGUGCUUUGUGACUGCGAAUGAGAAACAGCAGUCCUUGUCUUCCGCUAAACGCAAACGACAGCCGCCGGUGUCUUUCCCCGACAGAGUUUUCUCCGGCAUUCAACCUAGCGGUGUGCCGCAUUUGGGCAACUAUUUCGGUGCUACAAAGUGGAAGACGCUGCAGGACUCGGGGAGUGAUUGCAUAUUCAGCGUAGUAGACUUGCACUCCAUCACGAAGCCACACUAUAACCCAGACAAGCUGAGGGAGAACAUCGAGCUCAUGACUGCCAGCCUCCUCGCAUGCGGAAUUGAUCCUGAAAGAUGUACACUGUUUUUGCAGUCACAGGUUCCAGAGCACGCAGAGCUUUCAUGGAUCCUCGGAUGCUUGCUCACUACAGCUAGACUACAGCAUCUACCAACACUGAAGGACAAGACUGCUGGCAUGAAGGAAACACCAUUGGGGCUGUACCUUUACCCUGUGCUUCAGAGUGCAGAUGUGCUGCUGUACAAAGCAACACAGGUGCCCGUCGGAAAGGACCAGUUGCCUCACAUAUUUCUAGUGCAAGACGCAGCGGAACUCUUCAACAAACGCUUUGGGCUGGUCUUUCCGAGACCUGAGGCCCUUUUAGUGUCUGGAGAGGCUGGUCGUUUGCGCCACCUUCGUGACCCGACAAAGAAGAUGAGCAAAUCGAGCGAUGACCCUCGCAGCUAUGUCGCAUUGGAUGACCCACCUGAGGCAGUGCGCAAGAAGAUCAAGCGGGCAAUCACCGACUGCACUUCGAAAGUAACCUUUGAGCCAGAGUCCCGGCCAGGUGUUGCGAACUUGGUGGCUUUACACAGUCUGCUUACUGGCCUGAGUCCCGAGGAGGUGUGCCUGCAAGCAGACAGGCCUCGACACUGGCCAGUUCAAGCUCAUGGUUGCCGACGCAGCCGUGUCCUUCCUGGAACCAAUACAGCAACGAAUGCAGGAGCACAUGUCAGAUCGCGCUCGCCUGUGGAACAUUCUAGAGGAAGGCUCGAGGAGAGCACGCCAAAUAGCUGUUCGAACACUGGACGAAGUGCACAGAGCAUCUGGAAUGGCCCCUAUUCAUGUCAAAGACAGUGAAAAACCAGUGGCACAGUCUGCAAGUUGUUAGGGAUAUCUUCUGAGACUUAUAAGAGACUCUUCGCAGAGCGUGCUUUGUAGACUCUGUGUGUUGCUUCACCUUCCAGCUUUAUUUUCUGACAGUCGAUCAAGACUAAAGACAAAGAUUUAAGCUGUGUCAUAAAACUCUUGCUUUUUCAUCUGCCUCCUUUAAUUGUGCUCCCCACAAAUGUGAACAUACUUACUGCAGUUAAUGAAGAGAUGCGAAAUCAAAAAGUGGCACCCCAAGGUAUGAUAAGGAAAAUAGUACGUAUAUAUAUAUAUAUAUAUAUAUACAUAUAGAAUGGCGAACUGCUCUUUAAAAGUCUUACUUUCAUUUGUUUGAAAGGGAAAACUUCCUUACUGGCAUGGAAAAAAAAAGGUGGGGGGCAUAGUUUCCAUUGCUGUAUUUACCAAUUGCCCUAAUUGCGUUACUGGUAUGCUAGGGCGACAUCAAGCAUAUCAAAAUAGCAUUUAUUUAUUUCGGCUGUGUCUGCACAUUAAAAGUCUUCUGAAGCUACUA